UCUUUCACAUAACCACCCGAGGGUAUAUUAGACGGAAGAAUGGCGAGGGGACGUCGGAAGCAAGAUACGAAGAUCUACAGCCCUACGCAAGGACCCUUGCAACAGAGAGUCGGAAGCACGUCAUUUGGCGCUAAGGAAUUUUCGGAAUCAACAAGGAAUUGCGAAUUCCCUCUCCACUUCAUUUACUUAACAGACACUCCUCAAAACUCGAGAUAUCUUCGUGUAUCUACCCCUCUACCGUUCCCCCCCCUUCUCGAUAAUCUUCCCAGCCUUUUCCAUCCCGCGAAUCUAGAGAGAAUUAAGCACAAUGGCAACCAACAUCACCUGGCAUCCGUCUCUCUCCCGCGCCGAGCGCAACACAUACCGCAAGCAGCGAGGCUUCACAAUCUGGUUCACCGGUCUCUCCGCGUCCGGAAAAUCCACGAUCGCGACUGCCCUCGAGCAGCACCUUCUCCACCUCGGUCUGGCAGCAUACCGUCUCGACGGGGAUAACGUGCGCUUCGGACUCAACAAGGACUUGGGCUUCUCAGAGCAGGAUAGGAAUGAGAAUAUCCGGAGGAUAGCAGAGGUCGCCAAACUCUUCGCCGACAGCUCCACGAUCGCCAUAACCUCCUUCAUCUCGCCCUACCGCAAAGACCGUAACUCGGCCCGCGAGGUACACGCUGCUCCCGUCGCCGCACACCCUGAGGAUGAGCCUCUCCCCUUCAUCGAAGUCUUCGUAGAUAUUCCGCUCGAGGUUGCUGAACAACGCGAUCCGAAGGGUCUGUACAAGAAGGCGAGGGAAGGCAAGAUCCCAGAGUUCACGGGCAUUAGUGCGCCAUACGAGGAGCCGGAGAACCCGGAGAUAAAAAUUCAGAGCGAUAAGACGAGCGUGGAGGAUGCGGUGAAGCAGAUUGUUGAGUAUCUGGAGAAGAGGGGGUUGAUGAAGCUCGGGAAUGAGGACGGGCGGGGUUUAGAGUACUAGGACGGUGCAUUACGGAGUUGAUUAUUGCAUGAGGCAUCUUUGGGAUAGGGCUGCCAUACUAAAGAUGUUGAACAAUCUAUACAGAAAAAAUUGACAAGGAUGAAGGCCAUCUACAAGCAACAGUGAGUUUCACUAAAUCCUUUUUCAGCCCUACAAGCAGAUAGCGAUAGCCAGCAUUACAAAUUGACAUUCCUAUCGCGCUUCUA